GGAGGGAGGGAGGGAGGGAGGGGGAGAGAGAGAGAGAGAGAGAGAGACGUAGUACUCGGAGUUUAAGCAGACAAAAGGAAGUAUUAGGUAUAAAGGAGAGAGGGAGAUGCAAUAGGAAAAUUGUCAGAUUCUUUUAUUUUGUUGGAGUGGUUGAAAUCCGUUCUUCUUGGCUUUCAUUGCCUCUGCCUCUUCUCUCGCUCUCUCUCUCUCUUUUCUUUCUUGUGCCUUUGAUUGCGAGCAUUGCUUCUUUCUUCUGUUGUUAUAAUUCAUCUUCUAAUUUUUGAGGGGAUGGAAGCAAGCCAACAGGAGGCAGUCGAAAGUGAGAACAGAAGUAAGUUUAGAAGGAUAUGUGUCUUCUGCGGGAGUAGGUCAGGGAACAGGACUUCAUUCAGUGAUGCAACUCUUGACCUUGGGAAGCAAUUGGUUGAGAGAAAAAUACACCUCAUUUAUGGUGGUGGAAGUGUAGGUCUGAUGGGCCUGAUAUCUCAGACUGUCUACAAUGGUGGAUGUCAUGUUCUCGGAGUCAUUCCUAAAGCUCUCCAGCCACAUGAGAUAUCAGGAGAGACCAUUGGAGAGGUGAAGACAGUAGCAGACAUGCAUGAGCGGAAGUCAGAAAUGGCUAAACAUGCUGAUGCCUUUAUUGCCCUUCCAGGUGGUUAUGGAACCAUGGAGGAACUUUUAGAGAUAAUAGCAUGGUCUCAGCUUGGAAUCCAUGAUAAACCAGUGGGGUUACUGAAUGUGGAUGGGUACUACGACAGUUUGCUUGCACUGUUUGACAAAGGGGUGGAGGAAGGCUUCAUAGAGGAGUCAGCAAGAAAUAUUGUGGUUUCAGCAGAGAGCGCAGAGGAGCUGAUCAGGAAAAUGGAGGUAAAUGAAGGAGGGAAAAGGAAGGUAAUCACAAGCCUAAAGAGGAAGCGGAGCUGCUAGAGAGACACAGGUUGCAGGAAAAGCAAGGAAUGAUAUGUUUUUGGCUCUCACUGUUACCUGCAGCAGUAUGCGCCACUUGAUGACAGGGUUGCACCCGGACAAAGCUGGGAUGUGGACAAAUUAUUAGAGUCUGCCACAAAUGAGCCUACUCAAAUGUCUUAAAAAUAAACCCAACUCGCUUUUGUGUCUAUAUAUGUCAACAUAUUCCCUUCCCUUUUCUAUAUAAUUGUCUCUCUCUCUCUCUCUCUCUCUCUCUCGCUCCCUCCCUCCCUCCCUCCCUAUGUGUUUGUGUGUGUGUGUGUGUGUGUGAACCCCCCAAUGAAUCAUCAAGGGAAAGAAACGGGUGGCCAAGGAAAGAGCCAGGAAAUUAUAUUGGCAUUUCUCCCCUUUC